AUGGAAACUGGACUAGCUACUGUUACAAGUCCAAUCACAUUGCCUACCUUACCUUCGAUCUCCGUGAAACUUCAAGAAAGAAACUACACUUUCUGGAAAUCUCAGAUCUUGCCAGCUUUGAGCUCACACGGAUUGGAUGUCUUCAUCACUAGAGAGAAAGUAUGUCCAUCAAUGUUAAUUGUUACAUCUGAAGAAUCAAGAGAGAAGCCUACUGGUAGUUUAGUAAAUUCUGGGAAUAAUUCUAGACAAGUUUUUCCUUUUGGCUAUCAUUCACAAUAUUUUUCAAAUAACUCUCAUGGUUCAUUUGCUGCUCAAAACUCUCCUGGAAUGUACAUGUUCAAUCCUUAUGUGAUGCAUAGCCGAGGCAGAGGACGGGGUCAGUUUAGGCGUAAACUGAUUUGCCAAACUACUCCUGGUUGGAUUCAUUCCUCUAACCCAAAUGGCUCAGGUCCUAGUGGUGGAAAUCAACGGUUUAUUGUCAAUCCUACACAACAGCAAUUUGCUCAAGCUACUUACUCUAGUGGCUCUCCUUCUAAUGGUGGUAAUCAACAAUAUGCUUUUAAUACUAAUCAAAAUCAAUGCAGCACAGUUGGAAUGCCUUUAGCCAGCACACCUGCAGAGGGAACUCAUGUAGUCUCAACUGGUCCCGUUGCUACUCCUCAAAUAGUUGUUGAUCAGACUUGGUAUGUGGACUUAGGAGCCACAAAUCACAUCACUUGUGAUCCAAGCAAUCUGAUCCUCAAGACUAACUAUCUAGGAGGCUUAGCAGUCAAAGUAGGAAAUGGUCAGAAUAUCCCUAUCACACAUACCAGUAAGUCCUUGUUAACUUCAAACUCUUCACAUAGAGUUUUGUAUCUUAAAAACAUGCUAUGUGUGCCGCAUAUUGCCAAGAAUUUAUUGAGUAUCUCUCAAAUAACUAGGGAUAAUGGAGUUAUAGUGGAGUUCUAUUAUGACAAGUGUCUUGUUAAGGAUAAAUUUACCAAGGAGAUAGUGCUAGAAGGAACUCUGAAAGAUGGGCUCUAUUAG